AUGGCUGCACGUUGGACAUACAGCUCUAACAUAAAAGAUAAAAUGUUUGUGCUGAGCAGCGCUGCUGGCCUGAGGAGUGACACGCACGUGCAAGAGCUGUUCCACGAGGAAGCACAACAGGUAUCUCAGACACAGACCAAACCCUGGUGGAAGAUACAGCUGUUCGUCUGGGAGCCAGUGCUCUUUGGAACCUGGGAUGGUGUCUUUACUUCUUGCAUGAUCAACAUUUUUGGAGUGGUUCUUUUUCUGAGGACUGGAUGGCUAGUGGGAAACACCGGCAUUUUAAUGGGCAUGUUUCUGGUGUCCUUUGUUGUCGUGGUUGCCCUGGUAACUGUCUUAUCUGGAAUUGGGGUCUGUGAGAGGUGCAGCAUCGGAAGUGGAGGAGUCUAUUCCAUGAUUUCUACUGUCCUCGGUGGUCAAGUUGGAGGGACCAUUGGCCUCCUUUAUAUUUUUGGUCAGUGUGUUGCAGGUGCUAUGUACAUCACCGGAUUUGCGGAAUCCAUCUCCGACUUACUGGGUUUCAGUAGCACUUGGGCAGUUAGAGGCAUUUCACUGGCAGUCUUACUAGGUCUGCUUGGAAUUAACCUGGCUGGUGUUAAAUGGAUAAUCCGUCUCCAACUGUUACUGCUCUUCCUGCUGGCUGUUUCUACGCUGGACUUUGUCAUUGGAUCAUUCACGCACCUAGAUCCAGAACAUGGCUUUGUUGGAUAUUCGAAAGAACUUAUGUUUAACAACACGCUACCAGACUACAGUACGGGGGAGUCCUUCUUCACUGUUUUUGGAGUGUUUUUCCCAGCUGCUACAGGUGUGAUGGCUGGGUUUAAUAUGAGUGGAGAUCUCCAGAAGCCUGCGGCCAGCAUCCCACUCGGGUCUCUGGCAGCUAUCGGCAUUUCGUGGUUUCUAUAUAUAGUCUUUGUUUUCUUGCUGGGAGCCAUUUGUACCCGGGAGUCGCUCCGCUAUGACUUUAUGAUAGCAGAAAAGGUGUCCUUGGUGGGUUUCUUGUUUUUAUUAGGAUUGUACAUUUCCUCCUUAGCUUCCUGCAUGGGAGGUUUGUAUGGAGCACCCCGAAUCCUUCAGUGCAUUGCCCAGGAAAAAGUGAUACCGACCCUUUCCUUUCUUGGACAUGGGAAAGGGCGCAACAAGACACCAGUGGCUGCGAUUUGCUUAACGAGUCUCAUCACCAUGGCUUUCGUCUUCGUUGGCCAAGUGAACAUCCUUGCUCCUAUAGUCACCAUAAACUUCAUGCUGACAUACAUUGCUGUGGACUACUCUUAUUUCUCAGUCUCUAUGAGUUAUAUCCUACAGCAGAAACCCAAAAGGACACAGAGGGAGGAAUCUAGGGUUGUCAACUCUUCCCAGCCUUUAACCUUUGAGAAAACUUCCCGUUAUGGAUCAGAUGGAAUAAUUCAAAGCAGAUCAGAUGGCACCUUGUUAGAAUUCACAAAAGACAUGGACCAGCUUUUUAAGCCUCUUAAUAAAGAUCCAGAGACUUGUAAAGAGAAAGAAGAGAGAGACAAGAAUUUAAACCAAAAGGUCAAACAGAGAAAGAUAAAGAAGCCAGCCAAGCAAACAUUACAAGACAGCUUUCUCUUGGAUCUUGAUCAUAAUAUUGCCCCCGCCCCUUACUGUUGCACCAAAACAUCAGAGCCUAGUGAUGAAAGUCUGCAGAGUUUUGCUGAACAGAGUCAUCAGAGUGAAAGAAAUCUGUGUUUAUCAUCAACUGUGGACACUGAGCAAAAACGUGACCAUGAGCUAAUGGAAUAUGGAGAACAACUUUUUAAUGAGCUGCAGAAUCCUCCCAAUCAGAAAGUGGAAGAUACAAAUGUAAAGCAACAAAAUCAAGAACUAGAAAUUCAGAGAAUGCCAGUUUCCUUCUACGCCAGAUUCUGCAAUCACUGGGUUUCCCUUGUUGGUGCAAUCGGAUCGCUUGUAAUCAUGUUUGUCAUUCAAUGGAUCUACACUCUCAUUAAUUUGAGUGUAGCAAUUAUUCUAUAUUUCUACAUUGGCCAAAUGAGUCCUGGACUACCCCCUGGGGCAGCAGCUAACUUCAGUUUUCUCAGCUGGAUUAAGUUAGGUUUGGUCAGCUCAUGCAGGAGAAGGCCAUCCCCAGAGGAGCAGAUUGUUGUUACACCAUCCUUUGCAACAGUUGGCAUGGAGACCACUCAGCUCACUGAAGAGAAUGCAGAUUUUGCCUCUCGAGACCGCUACCACCAUUCCUCUAUUAUCAGAAGAGAAGAAUUUGUCAAUCAGUUUCAGUAA